UUUUUUCGUUAAUGAAAGACUCAAAACUUGUACAAUAAAUAAGAAAGAAACCCUUCGUCCAUGAGCUUUUAAUUUUAUACCACCUCUACAACAUAACAGCACUCUGAUCUCUCCUCUCCUCCACCAUCAACGAUCCUCGAUGUCUCAAGAUUCAAAUAUGUUCGAGAGAUUGGAAGCACAAGGUAAAAUAGAUUCUUCAAGCGAUUAUAAGUGGGACGAUGGAUCCGAGCAUGAUGACGUAACAAAAAUAUAUGUAAGCUUUGGUAAAGAAUGCAUAAGGAACAUCCGAUUCGACUAUAUCAAGAGUGGACAACCAAAAUAUGGAUCGUUCCAUGGUCCCACUUUUCAAGGCCUCCUCCAAACGUUUGAGAUUGACCAUAAAAAAGAUGAACAACUUGUAUCUGUUGAGGGUUAUUGCAAGCCCGGGUCGGAUUUGAUUCAAGGAGUUCAAUUCAAAACCAACUUGAGGAUUUCUGAAAUCAUAGGAUUUGAAAAAGCUAUAUUUGGUAAUCCUACUACGUUUUCACUAGCUGAGGAUGGAAAGAAGAUCAUCGGGUUUCACGGAUAUUCCAUGGCAAACCUAAACUCUCUUGGAGCAUACUUCACUUGGAUUUCUCCAACUAAGAUGGAAGCAAAAGGAGGAAAAGGAGGCACAGAGUGGAACGAUGGAGCUGAACAUGAAGGUUUUACAAAAAUAUAUGUACAAGGUGGUUGUGAUGGUAUACAAUACAUCAAGUUCGAUUAUGUCAAGGAUGGACAACAUAAAUAUGGGUCACCCCAUGGUGUCAAGGGUAGCGAAUCCACAGAACCGUUUGAGAUUAACCAUCUCGACAAAGAAUAUUUGAUAUCCGUGGAGGGUUAUUAUGAUGAAGGCGAUUCGGGGGUUAUUCAAGGAAUUCAAUUCAAAACUAAUAUAAAGACUUCGGAACUGAUAGGAGACAAAAAGGGUAGGAAGUUUUCACUAGCAGCCAAUGGAAAGAAGAUCAUUGGGUUUCAUGGAUAUGCUGACAAGAAUCUAAACUCUCUCGGAGCAUAUUUCACAACCUCUCCUUUGAUUUCAUUAGAACACACUACAGGUUCUGAUUUAGUUAAUCAUAUUUGGGAUGAUGGAAGUUUUGAAGGCGUAAGAAAAGUAUAUGUUCGCUAUGAUAGCUUGGAGAUAUGUUAUGUCGAGUUUGACUAUGACAACAAAGGCAAAGUGGAAAAGCGUGAGCAUGGGAUGUUUUAUUCAUGGGUACAACAAGGAGAGUUUGUGGUGGACUAUCCUAAUGAAUUUAUCACAUCUGUGGAGGGGACUAUGCGCACUGAAUCCUUUAUGCAGGUUGCAUCAUUGACUUUCAAAACAUCAAAAGGUAGAACUUCUUCGACGUUUGGAAGUCCAAGUGAUAGUAAAUUCUUGCUUGAAAGCAAAGGUUGUGGUGUUGUUGGGUUCUAUGGACGGUGUUUUAGUAGUAUUUUUGACCUUGGAGCAUAUUUUCGUCCGCUGCCGCCUCCUUCCAACACAGAGAAAGUAGAAGCAAAAGGUGGUGAUGGUGGAGCCUCUUGGGAUGAUGGUGGUUUUGACGGCAUUAGAAAUAUAUACAUAGGACACAACAAGAUGGGUAUCGCAUUCGUCAAGUUUCUUUACGAUAAGGACAGUCAGAUCGUGGUCGGAGAUGAUCAUGGUAGCAACACAUUACUAAGAGUUGACGAGUUUGAGUUGGAGCAUCCGGGUGAAUACUUGAUAUCUGUCGAGGGUAGUUAUGAUGUAGUAGAUGGAAGUGAGUCUGAAGUUAUACGCAUGCUUAGGUUCAAGACUAAUUUGCGAACCUCUCAACUCUUUGGACACGAGACAACGCCAAGCUUCAUACUCGAGAAGGAAUGUCACAAGAUCGUCGGGUUCCAUGGAAAAAUCGGUAAGAUGCUUCAUCAAAUUGGGGUCAAUGUUUUACCGAUUACAGAUUGAGCAUCUUCGUAUAUAUAUGAGUAUAUGACAUCCAAUGAAACAGUCUCGAGCCAGUACUCUACUACGUAUUAUUUCUUAAUGCUUUAUGGCUUGUAUUCCCCAUUUUCAUGUAAUAAGACAGCGUUUGCUUUUAAAACUCAGUUCUUUAAUAUUCAAUUAUU